CAGAUAGGUUUAUUUAGUAUACAGACAACCGGAAGCUCGACUCCGAAAUUGACCGAACGGGAUAGUUCUCGGUGUGAUGGAGAGCUGACGUACAGGUCGGAGGAGUGGUAAGGCCUGAGCAGACAUGACAGAGUGCUUCCUGCCCCCCAGCAGCAGCCCCGUAGAGCAGCGUAGGGCUGAACACGCAGGGGGCGUGGCCCGCACCCCCAGCUCUGAGGAGAUCAGUCCCACCAAGUUCCCCGGAUUGUACCGCACGGGCGAACCAUCGCCGCCUCAUGAUGGCCAUCACCACGAGACACCUGAUGCCUAUGUCUCAGACGACGACAAAGAGCACAGCAAGAAGAAGAACAAGUUCAAGAAGAAGGAGAAAAGGACGGAAGGCUACGCAGCCUUCCAGGAGGACAGUUCAGCAGAUGAAGCCGAGAGUCCGUCGAAGAUGAAGCGCUCCAAGGGAAUCCAUGUGUUCAAGAAGCCCAGCUUCUCCAAGAAGAAGGAGAAGGACUUCAAGGUGAAGGAGAAGGGCCCCAAGGAGGACAAGGCCAAGGAUAAAAAAUCAAAGGACCUGACUGCGGCAGACGUGGUAAAACAAUGGAAGGAGAAGAAGAAGAAGAAGAAACCCGCGACGGAGGCCGAGCCGGUGCCGGUGGAGAUCCCCACCUUCAGGCCCAUCUUUGGAGCCCCUCUGACUGAAGCUGUCAAGAGGACAGCGCUGUACGAUGGUAUCCAACUGCCAGCUGUGUUCAGAGAAUGUGUCGACUACAUCGAAAGUUACGGCAUGAAGUGCGAAGGCAUCUACCGCGUCUCCGGUAUGAAGUCCAAAGUGGAUGAAUUGAAAGCCGCUUAUGACCGCGAGGAGUGCCCCUGCCUGGAGGAGUACGACCCCCACACGGUGGCCAGCCUGCUGAAGCAGUACCUACGCGAGCUGCCCGAGAACCUGUUGGGCCGAGACCUGGCCCUGCGCUUCGAGGACGCCUGCGGCCGGCAGGUGGAGGCGGAGAAGAUGGCCGAGUUCCAGAGGCUGCUGGCCGAGGUGACGCCAGAGAGCCGGCUUCUUCUCACCUGGCUCGUCACGCACAUGGACCACGUCAUCACCAGGGAGGCGGACACCAAGAUGAAUAUUCAGAAUAUCUCCAUCGUCCUCAACCCAACCAUACAGAUUGGGAACCGAGUCCUUUACAUGUUCUUCACACACGUGAGGGAGCUGUUUGGAGACGUGGCCCUGAAGCCGGUGGUGCGGCCCCUCCGCUGGUCCAACAUGGCCACCAUGCCGGCGCUGCCCGAGACCCAAGACAACGUCAAAGAGGAGAUCCGGCGACAGGAGUUCCUGCUGAACUGCCUGCACAGAGACCUGCAGGCGGGGGUGAAGGACUUAUCUAAAGAGGAGCGUCUAUGGGAGGUUCAGAGAAUCUUGACCGCUCUAAAACGCAAACUGAGGGAGGCUAAACGUCAGGAGUGUGAGACUAAAAUAGCCCAGGAGAUUGCAAGCCUCUCAAAGGAAGAUGUUUCAAAAGAAGAAAUGACAGAGAAUGAAGAGGAAGUCAUCAACCUCCUCUUGGCACAGGAGAACGAGAUCCUGACCGAGCAGGAGGAGCUGAUCUCUCUGGAGCAGGUGCUUCGUAGACAGAUUGCCACAGAGAAGGAGGAAAUCGAGAGACUGCGAGCAGAAAUCGCCGACAUCCAGAGUCGUCAGCAGGGCCGCAGUGAGACUGAGGAAUAUUCAUCAGACAGUGAAAGUGAGAGUGAAGAUGAGGAAGAGCUGCAGAUGAUUCUGGAAGACCUGCAGAAGCAAAACGAGGAACUGGAGAACAAAAACACCCAUCUAAACCAGGCCAUUCACGAGGAGCAGGAAGCCAUCUUGGAGCUCCGUGUCCAGCUCCGCCUCCUGCAGAGCCACAAACUGCAGCAGGAAGCGGCCGUCCAGCCCCCGGCCGAGCAGGCCUCGCCCCUGCAGCCGAGCCCGGAGCCCCACGCCGAUGAGCAAACCAAACGCUCGGGGACCGCGGCGGCGACCCCCGCAGAUCCCGCUGCUUCGUCCAAUGGCAAAGCAGCUAAGGAUCCUACAAAGCCCUCCCCGAACAAAGACCGGAGGGACACCCACAUGUGAGACGUUUGGUGCCGCUGAGCGUCCCCACCGGCGGUCAGUUGUCUUCCAGUGUCUCCCGCUAGCCACUGGGAUUUUAACUUUUACUGGAUCCAUGGGUUCAUUAGUUACUGUGUCCACCCAGUGAUGGCUGGCAGUCAUUUCUCCAUGCGACACAAACCCCCAAAAAAUAGAAAUAGAGGAGCUGCUGUAGCGGAAGACUGGCUACUACUGUGAGGGACGAGGUGGUUCAUCUCACCAAAUCCACAGAGCUGAGGCUGAACGUAGAUGGGUGGUGCGGGUGAAGGCAUUCGUUGAGCAGUUAGGGUUAAGAAAUAGCAUUCACAUGAAAAAACACCUUCCCAGUGUAUGACAAAGUUUUAUUUUUUGCUCGUAAGGUUUUCUAAAAGAUGAUCAUGAACCAUAAUGAAACCAGGAUGUCACUAUGAACCUCACCCAGGUGCAUAUUGGACCAGUUAGAAUACUACUGUGCCAUUUCCCAACAUGCCGCACUGGCCAUGUUUCCCCCCAGAGAACCACUGAUACAAACACUUGUUAUAUAUUAUAUAUUAAAGUAGUAUUCCUUGAAUACUGGUGAGUAUUCAAGGGAACCAAUGAUUUUAAGUUACAGCUUUUUAGUAAUAUAUAAAUAUAUUGUAGGUGCUUGAACAGCAUUUAAGAACUAGCGGCGUCGAACCGUGCACCCGACCAGUGGGUGACAACAUGAAGAGCAAACAAAUCUGUGUCGAUAAGUAUCUUUGUCACUGUAAAAUGUGCCCAGACAUCUGGAGGCUGCGUUGUGUCUGUCCUGCUCCGCUCUGUGGUCCAAUCAUCUUCUCUGUUCUUUCCGCCUCCGUUGCACAAAAGGUUGGAAAACAACGUCUCUGCAGUUUCAUGACGGAUUUACAUCCUCAGAUAUGGUCACUGUUGCCAAAAUAUGUGCACGGUGACACGCGGGAGGCUUAUAUAGUUUUGAGGUGUAUUUGAUAGUGUUUUUUAAGGGGUAGGUUCUUGAUCUGUGGAGUUAUUGUUCAUGGCAUCAGUUGGAAGUGAGUAAAAGAAAUCGUUUUAAAAAGUCAAUCAUUCUAUUUCACCACUGAUCCGUGACUAUUGCAAAGUACUGUCAUUGUUCAGUGAUAUUUAAAGCAGGCAUAGCCUGCACAUACUUACCGAUUGUGUAUAUCAUUGUAAAAUUGCAAAUAUACUGUAUUCUCAGCUUUUAUGUUUUGUCAUAUGUUCCUUUUUUUAUUAUUAAUGAACUGUAUGCAGUACACUAGUGUGGCUGCCCCUGCUCUAGUCGCAGGAUAAUCAAAGCAAUCUCACCUGAACGCCCAUACAGCAUGUUAAUUAUCCUGUGACUGAAACAGAUCAAUGCUAAAUUGGGCUCGGAAGCUUCUUAUGAGGUUAUUUUCAUAUUGUUCCUCACAUUGUAGUUUAUUGUAGCAGUCAGAAUAAACGUGUUGAUAAAAACGUU